AUGGACGGCGGAGAAUUUUCGGAAGUCACUGGGCAACAAUCCUACUGCGAGCGCAUGCAAAGUGCCUGCGCUGGUGUUUGCAUCGGUUUGCUCUUGUUCUUUGGAAGCUGGGGAGUUCUAUUCUGGAACGAGGGACGUGCUGUCAAGAGACAACAAGAUAUCGACGAGGGUCGCGGCAUUGUCCAACUAGUCGGUUUGACAACCAUCAAUGCAACUAUCGACAAGACAAAAGACAACAAUCUUGUCUGGGUUACUGGUGUUGUCGAUGGAGGCAGCAAAAAUAUCUAUGACGACAUUUUGAAGCUCAAUGUCACCAACUUGACUGGGGCACUCGCAUACUCUCGCAGUGCUGAAAUGUACCAAUGGGUCGAGCGCAAGUCCACCAGAACCGAGAAGACCUCUGGCGGUGGAACUAGACAAGUCACCACCUACUCUUAUGGUCAAGAGUGGUCUUCCGUAUUGGUGUCAUCUGCCAAUUUCAGAGAACAACAAGCAGGACGCACAAAUCCAAACAGCUUCUUGCUCACUCCCUUCAGUGACGCGUCGAAUGAUAUUGGACUUGGAGCAUACAAUUUGGACUCCUCAGUCUCCAGCUACAUCACCUGGUCUGAAGUAUGGACUGAUGCACCAGUGAAUGGGUCGGCGGUCAGUUUCAAUAACUACACGACCACUUUUUCUUCGGGCACUAUAUAUGUUCGCAAGAGCGCUAAUGUGGAUACUGUCGGUGAUAAUCGAGCCACCUUGAGCAUCACUUUGCCAGAUACUGUCUCUGUUAUUGCUAAGCAAUCCACCACCGGAGAGCUCGAACCAUACAUUACCGAAGGCGACCGAGAGCUACUACUCUUCUCAAGAGGUGAAAAGACUUCCGACGAGCUAUUCGCCCAGGCCGAAGAGGACAACACUACCCUUACAUGGAUUCUCCGAUUUGUUGGAUUCCUUGCCAUGGUGAUUGGUGUCUGCUUGAUCCUAAAUCCCAUUGCUACCGCAUUCGAUGUUCUACCUUUCUGCGGAGACGCCAUGGAAGGGUGCAUUGGAGGGUGUAUCAUUCCAUGUAUUGCCUUGUGUAUUUGUGUACCAUUGACUCUGUUGAUCGUUUCCAUUGCUUGGAUCUUCUAUCGACCAAUUUUCGCAGUUGGCACACUUGUCAUGCUGGGUCUAUUGGGCCUCUUUUACUUCAAGUACAUGAAGCCGAAGCUUGAGAAGAAGCCAUCUGGUGGACAACCACAGCAACAGCAACAACAAGGCUUUAAUGAAGAAAAGCGCGAGCCUAUUCCCGCACAGCCAUAUGGCGGAGAAGAGCAACCAAAAGAGGAUGUUCCAUUUGGCCAGGCGUUGGACAACAACGGCGGUGGCGGUGGAUACUCUGCCCCCUAA